GCGUAGCGCUGGGGCCGCUCCGCCCCGGCCUCCAGGCCCAGUCCCCAUUGGCUGCACGGCGCAGAGGCCCGCCCCCGCUUGCGCGGCCGGCCCCGGCGGGGCUGGAAGCACCGGGUUGAGGAGUCGCUGUGUCCCGGCGGCUUGGUGUGGAGCACCCGCCGGGCCCGCGGGAAGGAGCGCCCCACGGAACUACUACUCCCAGAGCAGCCCGGGCCCCCCAUCUCCGCCCCGCCGCGCUCUCAGGCGCCGAGCACUACAACUCCCGGCAUGCCGUGAACGUGACGGCCGAGGCUCCGAGGCGGCGUCCAGCCCUCCGACCCGCCCGGCUCUCCCGCCGGGUCCCCUCCGCUGCCCUGGCCGCGCGCGGAGCGGGGACGCGAGCCAUGGAGGAGCCGCCGUCCCCGCUGCUGGGCUGCAGCAAGCCGCACCUGGAGAAGCUGACGCUGGGGAUCACUCGCAUCCUGGAAUCAUCCCCAGGUGUGACGGAGGUGACCAUCCUGGAAAAGGCGCCUGCUGAACGUCACAUGAUUUCUUCUUGGGAACAGAAAAAUAACUGUGUGCUCCCUGAGGAUGUGAAGAAUUUUUACCUAAUGACCAAUGGCUUCCACAUGACAUGGAGUGUGAAGUUGGAUGAGCACGUCAUUCCAUUGGGCAGCAUGGCAAUUAACAGCAUCUCAAAACUGACUCAACUCAACCAGUCUUCCAUGUACUCACUUCCUAAUGCACCAACUCUGGCAGACCUGGAGGACGAUACACAAGAAGGCAGUGAGAACCAGCCAGAGAAGCCUCACUUUGAUUCUCGCAGUGUGAUAUUUGAGCUGGAUCCUUGCAAUGGGAAUGGGAAGGUUUGCCUUGUCUACAAAAGAGGGAAACCAGCAUUAGCACAGGACACUGAGAUCUGGUUCCUGGACAGAGCGUUAUACUGGCAUUUUCUCACAGAUACCUUUACUGCCUAUUACCGUCUGCUCAUCACCCACCUGGGCCUGCCCCAGUGGCAGUAUGCCUUCACCAGCUAUGGCAUUAGCCCACAGGCCAAGCAAUGGUUCAGCAUGUAUAAACCCAUCACCUACAACACAAACCUGCUCACAGAAGAGGCCGACUCCUUUGUGAACAAGCUGGAUCCCAGCAAAGUGUUCAAGAGCAAGAACAAGACUUUAAUCCCCAAAAAGAAAGGGCCUGUUCAGCCUGCAGGCGGCCAGAAAGGGCCCUCAGGUCCUCCCUCCACCCCUAAAUCCUCUUCUGGCUCUGGAAACCCUGUCCGGAAAUGAGCACUCCCACCUCCAACUCCACUAGCCCCACAGCGAUGAUUUCCAUGCACAGAUGCCCCCUGGGUGCCCAAGAGUCAGGUUCUCUUCCCAUCUGAGUGACCAAAAUCCUAGGCCUUUUAACUCCCAUUGGCAUUAGCCAGGAGUUUGAAGGGCGUACUCAGGUCCCCCAAGAGUCCUUCCCUCAUGGCCCUCACAGCACGUUGUACCACCCCUGCCUCCAGAAGCUGUGGAGAAUUUAAGAUGUUAAGUGGCUAAAGAGAUCUGUUAAGAGCUUUCUUCUCUUUCCACCCCCUACCCCUCAGCAGUGUUUAGAGAAGUCCCCCAAGGAAACCACUGGUUUUGACCCAUGAGGUAUUAGAACUGUGCUGUUCAGUUGGUAGCCACUAGCCACAUGUGACUAUUUAAACUAUGUUAAAAAUUCAGUUCCUCAGGUGCAUUAGCCACAUUGCAAGUAUUCAUGUAAUUAGUGGAUUCUGUAUUAGCACAGAGAUAGUGGAACAAUUCUCUCAUCAUAGAAAGUUCUAUUGGGCCACACUGAUUUAGAACAUUUUCACACUGCUCUUCCUCAGAUCAGUUAAUUUUUGUUAGAGAAUGUUGAUACCUUAAUUUGAUGGGUCAUCAUGUUCCAUGAGAACGCUUGAAGAUACAUUUCUAUGUUCUUUAUAUCUUUCACCUCAAACAGUUCUCACUGCUCAUUUCUUCUUCACUUUCCUGUAAAGCUUCUCAUCUUAGUUUCCUAUAAAGUUUCUUAUUUUUUGUUUUGUGAUGUGAUGUUUACACAUUUGCCAAAAUUAUGUUUUUUUUUUUUUAAGAAGAGGUGAUUCUGCUAUACUUUAUUUAAAAACAAAAACAAACUCCCAAGCAUUGCUUUACAGGACUCUUCGUAAAGAGUUUUGAUGAAACCAGUCAGUCACUUUCCACCUGCUCUGCCUACUGUUCAACAGUUCAUGGAGAGGCAGAAAGGGAUAGAGAGGGACCAAGAUGUCAAGGAUAAUAGCUGAAGUUUAGUCUUCCAGAAGUAUUUUUCUGCCAGAACUGAUCAAAUCAAAAGGAGAACCAGCAGCACCAGAUAAGAGAUUCCAACAUUUGGCUGUUUUCUCCAAGACAAGACAAGUCAAGGUUAGAAGGGGAUUGAGAACUCAUGCCAUCUUCCACUGUGGCAGAUACCCGUCCUCUAAUACUUGUGGAGCCCCUUGGUCUAGUUAUUCCAGUACUGAAGUAGCAGAGGAGCCACAAGAGCAAUGGUACCUUUCAAAUCAGUGGGAGUCUUCAAAGGGCUAUAGAAGGAAAGGGGUUCUGAUAAGGAAAGCCUUUGGACCUGCCUCAGGAGCAGCAGAGCAGUGAAGAAACAGGCCGACUAGCUAAUAUGGAGGACUCACUGCAAAAUGAAGAUGUGGGGCCUCUUGUUCAGAAAUCAGGAAGUAGUUCCAUUAAAGGUACUAAAAUACUUUUUUCCUUUCUUCCAUGGUCUCUCUCACAACUUAUGGUUGUUUUUAUUUGCUGCUUAAUGCUGUUCUAAAUUUUAAAAAAUUAAAUUUUGGAUUAUAAGCAUUAAUUUUAUCAUUCAUUUUUAUAUUGUACAAUUCUAGUUUUAAAUGCAACACUAAGAACAUUUAACUCAUAUGUAGAAUCACCAAAAUUAUAAUUUACGUUUCAUAGCUUAUGUAUACAUAUUGUAUGCAUGUGUAUCUCAUUCUUACCAGAACAGUGGAAACACUGUACAAAACUAGCUCAACUGUUAUUUCACUUCUUGAUAAGUAGACAUUUUAUCAGCACUUCCAACUUACUGAUGAGUAAGGAAGGAGUGAAAGAAAAACUAUGAGCUGCCCUAUGUUUUCCUUUUCUUCUGUGGCAUCAUUUUCAGCAUAAGUUGUUGGCUAAUACAGGAAAGUAACAUGAGUAAUAAAGGACAUGUUGGGGUGCUGUGGUCAUUCAUGCUUCUUAGAAUGCCAUACCUUCUUUUUGCAUUCUAAUCAAGUCUGGUUCAAAUGGAAAGCAUGGCCUCUUGGGGCUCUCAGUGCCCCCAUUUACUCAGUUGUUGAUAUAACAUGCUUACCUUACACUUAUGUUGAAUCUCUCUGAACUCUCACACAUCAUGAUCCACUGGAAUUCUGUGCUCACGGGCAUCACGGAGGCUAUAAGUGAAUGGGGCCGUAAAGAACAGUGGACACCCAUGUUGCACAUAAUCGCCUCUGCUCAUAUGUAUGCUUUGUCUCAUCAGACUUCACUUACAAAACACAAUGCAGAGAUAAAAUUAAGAAUUUCAAGACAGUGACAAGAGAACAUUAAACCAAGUGUGAGGCCCUUCUGAAUGUGGGGCCCUGUGUGAUUGUACAGGUCACAUGCCCAUGAAGCUGGCCCUGGUGAAGGAGGAAGAGAGCACUUCUGGUGAAAGACUUCAGACAAUCUGUAGGUUGAGUGGGUUAUAUGGCAAAAAAACUCCCCCAUGAGAUUUGUGUUUUGAAACUAAAGCAAUUAAAAUAGCAGUCAGCCCUACUGUAAAUCAACAGCCCAAGAAAAAGACACUAUGCUGGACUCGCAGAAAGAAUAAAUGGCGAAAUGCCUUAUGAUGAAUUGAUGUAGUGAAGAUUGUGCAUGAAGUGCCACAUCAUCAUGCUGCUUGAGUCCUAAAGCAGGAAGUACCCUGAGCCAAGGAUAGGAAUGACAAGGGGCAGCUUGCACGUGAUAAUCCACAGAAUCUAGCCCUUAAAGCUGUGCUCUCCAAAUGCAAACAUGCAUCAAUGUCACUGGAGUUGUGUGUAGAAAGUAAGAUAACCAGAUCCCACUCCAGACCUACUAAAUCAAAAUUGCAAGGAAAGAUUCCAGGCAUCAGGUCUUUUAAUCAGCUGCAAUGGUGACAAGAAUACUUACCAAGUUUGAAACUUUCUGCUUAAUGGGUCUGGGUGAUUUUGCUUUCAUUGCAUGGAGAACUCAAAAUGUUUUAGUCCAGUAAAGCAUGUGCAAUGAUGAAAGAGGGCUCAAGGGACCGUUUUAGUUUCUGUGUGAAUGCAUGUAAUUUUUAAACAACUUUUUAUUAUGGAGAAUUUUAAACAUUUGUAAAGAUAGAAUAGUAUAAUGAAUCCUCAUGUAUCCAUCAUCUAGUUUCAGCAAUUCUCAACUCAUGACGAAUCGUGUCUUAUCUAUAUACCUGUUCUUUACCUCUCCAAUUUUAAUUUUUUAAGUAAUUUUAUCUAUGGUUUUAAGUUAUACUUUUCAUUACAUUUUAGCAAUUGUUCUAAGGAUUAUAAAAUAUAUUCUUUUUUCUAUUCAGUACGAGAGCCACUCAUAGGGUCCCUCGUAGCCAUAUUUGUGUAGCGUAACUCUGGCCCUUGGUUACAAGUGAGUGGACACUGGGUGGGUAUCAAUCCAAAUUGGCUGCACUUUUAUCCUUGGGAUCUUGUGAUGAAUUUCCCUCUUUGGCUUAGCCAACCCAGAGUGGAUUCUGUUUUUUCUGCCAACUACUCGCUAUUUAACACACAACCCCAUUAUGAGGUUAUUGUGAAUAUUAAAUGAUUAAAUGUCUGUUUUUCUUUGUUCCUUUA